AUGUGUGACCUUUGGAGAACACCCCCCACCUACAUUGCAUCAUUUGCAGGUUUUGUUCAUUUUCUGAUUUUGUCCUGGUCCUCGUUUGUCCUAGAUGGCUGCUGGCCAUGAAUUUCCCAUUUCUCCAGCUUCAGUUUUUUCUGCUUUGUUAUUUACAGUCUCCUUCACCUUAACUAGGAUGUUAGGGAUGUGUGUUUUUUAAUAAUUAACCAAUAAAUAAAUAAAAAUACAUGUUUGACAGGGACAGGAUAACUGUUUCCAAGCUAGGUUGAACCAUUUCCCCUGUGGGCUCAGAAAAUGUGGGAAUGAAUCAUUUGUCUGCUGCAUGAGAACAAUCUGGCAGAGGAUUCUCCACCUUCUCGCUUCGCCCCUAACUGCCUCUGAUGACUGUGUAGUAGACUGACAAGAGGACUCUAGCCCUUUCCAUUGUACCUGGCAGGUAAGAGGCCCUGCUGAAGAAAAUAUUUCCUUUCCCUUUUGCAAGGUCCCCAGAACUGGAUCCAGAAACAUCCUCAUAUCAUUUUGCAGACGGUAAGUGCUCAAUUAAGGAAGAGAUGGGAGCACUACAGAGCUCCACACACCACGAUUAGGUAUUUUGGUGUUUUUAGUUCAGAUCUAAGCUGCCUUUCUAGCACUGACAGCUGCUGCUUCUCCUGCUAGGUUUUAAUAUGAUAAGUUAUACUUUUGCUUUUUGAUAUAUUCAACAAGGUUGAUUUCUGCAUAUCUGGGUCUUGCUUCGCCGUUACAAAGAAAUCUGAUUGUGCCAAGGGUCCACACUGGAGCGAGAAUCUUUUAUUGACUGGUGUAGGGUUGUCAGACACACAAGACAAGCACCUUAUACCUUUAACAGCUGAGUAAGAGAGAAUUGGGACAGAUGCCGUUCGUUAUGGAGAGAUGAGCAGAAGACGCAUUGGCUGAUGCACACAUGCCCCAACCAUGUGCAAAUAGUAAAGGCCCAGGACCCUAGCUCUAAGGGCAUUCCAAGUCCUGUGCUUGGCAUUUGGGAAACACUGAACACUGCCGUCGAUGCUAGCGCACCUGCAGAACUGUUAUUCCUGCAUGAAUGUUGAGUGACAGAUGCCAGUGUAAAUUAACAUGAAAGGCAAUCGAUGAAAGACUUGAAUUCUGAAAUUUCUCUAGUGAUCUGGUGCUUCCUUCCUCCACUUAAUACAUUGUCCUCCUUUCUUCUGUUUGAGAGCACUUGGGAGAGUUUAGAAAAAUAAGAUGCCAUUUGAUUUACUCUCUAUUCCAAAAUCCAGGAAAGUUGGAUGCAGGGUGCUACCAGCAGAGCAUAGGUGUAUUGCAGAAAGGUGGGUUAAUAUAGAAGCAGGGGCAUAGGAAGGGGGUGCGGUCCGCCCCGUGUGUCAUCCUUGAGGGGGUGACAAAAUGGCACACCGUGGGCAGCAGCACUUACUGCGGGGCCUGGCCUGCAGUGUGCCUGAGCCACACAUCUGUCCUGGGAGUGACGCAGGGGCUUGGGAGCCUGCACUGCCUGAAACAGCAGCAUGGGGCUUGUGUCUGCCAGGCGGACUUGCUGGCCACCCCCCUGGGUGGAUUGCUGUGGCGCCCCCGCCACUCUGGGUGCCGGAGCCACUAGCUACGCCCCUGCAUUGAAGUAGCUCCAGGUGAUUCUCUCAAACAAAUGAAGGGGAAGGCCUCAGGAACAAGCUAGCUUGCUAGAUGAUGUCCCAAGAUGACUUAGUCAAAAGUUAUUUUGCCUUGGACUUUGAAUUCAUCAGGAACUCCUGACUCUGUUGAGACAGAACCCUGUUACUGAUCAAGCUGUUACUAACCUUGAAUGCACUUACUCCAAUUUCCAAGUGCCCAGGUGAGUCCACCUUUAAGAUUGGGGUGUGAAAGGAGGUACAGCAGUGCCAUUUUGUACAGCUCAUUGUCUGUGUUCUUGGCAUUUACCCAGUCAUAUGACCCAAGUAAAUCUGAGACUGGCAAACUUCUACAUCCCAGCAUCAUUAAAAUGUGUGUUGCUUUUUCUGCCAUGGCAGAUUUUUGCUGAAAGGGAAGUACAAGGGAAGGUUAGAUCCUUUCACCCCAAGCACCAUUGGUCUUCAUUUCUGGAGCAUCUAGAGGCCCAGCCUACUCUGAGGAUGCUGGUGUUAGUCAACAAGGAUGAGCUUCGAGUACUGAAGAAAGAGCUGAGGAGCUGCUUCCCCGAAUCUCUAAAGGUGAGAUGGCCUCUGCUCUUUGCCAGGCAGAUGCAGAACCUCUGCUUGGACGAUGAUUCCAACCCAAAGCUUAAUGUGACCACCACCAGGAGCCCAGUCUGUGACAGAUACCUCUUUAAUCCAAGAAUCUGAGGGAAGGGGGUAGUGGUUUCUUUCUUAUCCUUUAGAGCUGGAAAUGUCAGGAGAUCAAGGAACUGUACUCUGGGCACAAGGGCUUUCCAGAAAAUGGCAGGUAAGGUUGGGUUGGCAAUGUCAUGACUCACUGUUGGCUUCAUGGAUCAACUGACCGCUGACAAGGUUAACGGCACGGCUGGCCACAAAACUGACAGGCGACAUUUGAAAGAAACCAGGAACACAUCUGAAUUCUUUUAAUGCUCCUGUUUCUAUUACGUCAAGAUAGCUGAAAUGGCCGUGCCGUGCCCCCUCCCUCUUGUCCCACCAGGUCCAUGGGGCUGUGCUGAACGUGUGUCACGGCAACGCUUUCCAUCAGGAGAUACUGGUAGAUUCCUGGCCCAGCUUCCAAGUGGUCAUUGCACGGCUCCAGAGAGAGGUACUGCUGUGAUGGGACAUCCAAGAGAGGGAUGUUUGUCUUGGUUCUGUGAGUAGCAUCAGCAAAGGGCUUGAAUUGUGAGGACGAAGAAAGCACUACCAGUGGGAACAGAGAUGGUAGAGGCAGGCAAAGCCAUAAUUCCCUGCCCAAUCUGGCAGAAAGUGAUGCAAAUAGCAAUAAUGUUGCAUGUUAGCCUUAAUCUCAAUUUAGUGCUGAUAGCUUGAUAACUUGUACUUAUGCUCUCAUAGUGUAGCGGUGUGGUGCACUGUUGCUGGAGCAGCAACAUGUCUGCCCCAUUAUUUUUAAAGGGGGAUGAUGCACACGUUUACCCAAGGGAGAGUACAGCCACAUACGAAGAGUCAUAGUGGGGAAGAUGGGAUUGGGAGAUGGAGCAUUCCUGGUGCAGGAAAUUCUCUGUUGCCAGGGUGCCAACAACACCCCAACAGGUGCCUAACUCCUUUGCACAAGUACUUUCCACAGCAGACUCAUAAAUGAGGUAUGAGCUGGGGCAUAUUUUCCUGGCAAUGAAAUAUUGUCAGCUGAAUGCUAGGGAAAUGCUGUUCUCUACAUCAGAUAUGUUAGUGGGGGGAGUCAUUUGAGCCCCCUAAAACAGAAAAACUGCACAUAUUUUGCAUAGUAACACUUAAUUGGUUUAAAGCAAGGGUGGCAAACACCCAACCCAGAGGCCUGAUCAGAUCAAAGACCUCCCCAAUAUUGGGAGCAGGAGCAAAAAGAGGGGAGAAAUUAAAAAAUGAGAUUGAUCAUCUGAGGCUGGAUGCAAAUUGCACCUCCAUCAUCUGAAGAGGGGUUUUUGCCGCUGACCAGAUGAGCAAUCUGAUGUGUGCUUUCUGUGAUUGCCUAUGUCUUGCAGAGGGUUUGCUAUGAUAAAAAAAAUCUUAUCCACCUGUUUUAAAGCUUUUUACGCCUGCUCUUUAGAUGAAGACUCCUAGGUGGGCUAGUGUGUGCAAAGGAAUGACCUCUUCCCAUCUUUCCUGCUUGUAUUUGCCUAGAAAGUGCCUUCAGAAAGGAACUAUUUUACCCAGUCUUGUGCAGUUUUCUAUAAGGACCUGGAUGUCUAUGAGAAAUUGGUGAAAGAUUCUGAUGCCAUUGAUUGGAAACAAGAAUUCUUACUUCAGGGUAAGACACCUCAACAUCCAGUUCUGUGCAUGUGCCAGUGUUACUAAUUUAGAAUUCUUUAAAAAGGAAUAUUGUAUGCACAAGUUUUAAGUGUGUGUGUGUGUACUUUUCUAAACUGUUUCAGCAUUGGCAUAUAUAUUUAGAGAAGUGUUAUUGUAACCUGCUCUGCAUCUGUGGAAGAAAAUCUUAGUUUUGGUGCUGCUGAAAUCCUCUUCGCUAGUCAGAGCAAGGUUUACUUGAGGUGAUCACUGUUUUACCUUUCCCAUAAUCAUAUAGAGUUGUGGUCUAUGCUUCUGUGACUUCUGCCCGUCUCCUCUGAGCACCUCAAUAAUCCCCUCACCAUUUUCCACACCCAGGUCUGCAGGAUGGUGUGUAUCAGACAUCUCAAAACCUAGCAGCUGCCAAGCAUUUCUCCGCAAAGCUGGUGACUCGAACCCAGGUUUUUGUUGUGCAGAAACCUUUGAAUUUGUCUUCUUCCACACCCACGUAUGUCACACUCUAUGACUCAGGGGUUGCAGGUAGCAAGCAAUACAAGGAAGGCCGGAGACAUUUGCCAAUGUACUAGUAAUUUAGAGCAUGGUGCCCACUCACUGGAGACCUGUAACAGGGGAAAAUAUGUGCAAGAGGAAAUAAACUCAAAGCCAAGAGGUGACUCUUAUGCUAGGCAGAGUUAUCUUUUCAGGAAGAAAGGACAAGGACCUUGGCAGUUGUAACUGCAGAAAGACUCCUCAAUAUUUCUGAUUUUUUCCCAUAAUUCAAAUGAGAGAUGAUCCCUGUUUUUUACCCAGGUACUCUGCACAUGCCCAAGGACACAAGCAAGGUGAUUAGGAGCAAGCACAAACAAUGGCUGGCUAGUAAGCCAGUGUUUGUGUAUCUCUGUAAAUCAUACAUUUUUGUCUCCAUAACACUCACUUUUUUUCUCCUAGAAAGUAAGGGGAAAUGUCUGUGCGUGUUAUGGAGCGAAUGCCUACGGAUGGCGGGGGGAUCUGCUGCAGUCGUGGGCAGAGGAUCCAUGGUUCCCCUUCCUUCCCUCCUCCGUGGCUCGCUUUGAAACAGCAAAGCGGGAGAGGAGCCGCUUACACAGGUGUAAGCGGCUCCUGUCUGGUUGGCUCCUUUAAAUCAACCGUACUCUCUGUCCCUCUCUCCUCCCCACUUAGCUCGCUAAAUAGCAGCAAAGCUUUUCAGCUAGCCGAGCCGGGGAGGAGGGAGAGAAGCAGAGCCUGCUUGUUUUAAAGGAGCAAAGCGGGAGAGGAGAGGAGCCUUCUUCCCUUAUACCCCUCUCCUGCAUUAUUAGCAGCAUCCUUCUCCACACACCCCACGUGUGUUCCUUCUCCCCUUAAACCCCUCUCCUGCAUUAUUAGCAGCAUCCUUCUCCACACACCUCACGCGUGCUCCUUGUCCCUUUUCCUUCCCUCCCCACUUAAAACGUGGUUACAAAGCAUGGAUCCACAUGGAUCCUCAGGAUUUUUGCAUUGGGCUACCCCAAACUCACCAUCAGAUCACAUAUCUGUGGCCACAGCAUGAACCAUAAAAAUCAUACAUCCACUGUUUCGUUUAGAAUAUUUUUUUCCUUGUUUUCCUCCUCUAAAAACUACGUGCGUGUUAUGGUCAGGUGCAUGUUAUAGAGCGAAAAAUACGGUAUUUGUAGGCUUUACAAAAGGCAGAUACUUAGUAAGGUUCAUCAGGGCCACUGGAGAAGUCCUCUGUAAAAUGGGAAGGGGAGGGGAGGACAUUCAACUGGGCAGGCAGUGAGGUUAGAAUGUAACAUCACUGUUGAUAAAUAUUACAAUAAAGGAUUGUGCUUUCAUAGGGUUAAUAUUCCUGAAACAUUUCAUCUGCAGAGUGGGAUCAACUUACCAAAAGCAUAGCUGUAGUUUAUACUAUUAUGAGUCCACUGGGCUAAUAGCAGCUACACAAGGUGAUGAGCUCCUCUGUACUAAAUCUUUGCUGGUACUAAAUCAGGCUUCCUCAAACUCGGCCCUCCAGAUGCUUUUUGUCUACAACUCCCAUGAUCCCUAGCUAGCAGGACCAGUGGUCAGGGAUGAUGGGAAUUGUAGUCUCAAAAAUAUCUGGAGGGCCAAGUUUGAGGAAGCCUGUACUAAAUAUUCAAGAUUUAACUCUGUUGCAGCAAGUACAGGAACAAACAACACUGGUGGCAUUUAAUAGUCUCAUAACAAUGCCACUCAUCAUUCCCUCUUAAUUAAUUUUGGGAAAAUGUAGCCCAAGUAAGGAAGUCAGCAUAAAAACUGGGUCCCUCACUAAUAACGGUAGGGAAUAAAUUUAAUCAAUAAUAAACUAGCUAGGGCCUCCCAUUCUCCAUGACUAGAAAUCAAACAAGCACCACCAUGUGCUCGUAGAUCUAGAAAAGCCACAGAGGGCUCAGUUAUACCUUUUGUCAUGUUAACCUUCAGGUGGUUGCAGGGCAUCCCAGCUCCAUCUGUAGACUUCAAGCUUGACACUUGGGUGCUGGAGCCGGCUGGUUCAUUGUGCCUUAAGUGUUACUUCUGAAGGUAGGCCUUAACCUUUCUUUCCUUCUUCAGGUCAGGAUCAGAGCUGAAACUCUCAUCCCUCAACACCACUCAUGCUGCCCUGCUGAAUGAGACCUGGAGUGUAGGCGGCAAUGAGCAGAGUCUCUGCUAUCUGACUCGGCUAAUCGACUGCUUCCCUAGUAGUUGCCUUCUGGAUGCUGGAGGAUGUCCUAUCUCUUGGGUCCUGCUGGAUCAAUUUGGGUGCCUGACCCAUGCUUACACCAUGCCAGCACACCGUGGCAAAGGCUACAUUCAGCUGGUGAUAGCAGCACUAGGCAGGAAGCUACGAAGCCUCAAUUACCCAGUCUAUGGUGAUGUCCUGGAAAACAACACAUCAAUGCAGAGAGCCCUACAAUGCCUUGAAGCCAACUUUACUAGUUGUUUUCUGUCCUACGACCUGCAUACACCCAUUUCUCUGCUGUGA